AUGUCAUCGUCAUUCAACCUGCAUCGAGGCCCAAGGGGCGGGCGCGCAAGCUCCCGUAGCACGGAUCGUGCACGACAUGGUUGGUCUGACACAAAGGGACCUGACAGCUAUGGAUACGACGCGUACCAUCCGAACACUCGCCUCAGAAACUACGACGUUCGACCCCAGGGCGCGUGCCUUCCGUACAGAGAACGCCCUGAGAACAACCCACACCCUUCGUACACUCCACACUCCCAGCACACUGAGUACACGCAACGCCAUCAGUACAGUCCACGACCCGCCGGCCAGCAAUAUAGUACACGUGAUCAUUCAGCAAAUCAAUGGUUCGCCUACGGACACCGGGCUCAAUCACCUCAAAGACAACAAAUGGAACAGAUUCCUGCUGAUGUCAGCAACGCUCGUCAACGUGCUAACAACUACGUGGAUAGAGACGUAUUCGUCACUGACCAAGUCAACAUCCAUGAGGCGAGUCCGUUGCAAAAUCUUGACCAGGGUACCAAUCAGGAGAAAUCUCACGAACAGACUGCUGCGGCAUACACUGGGGCGGCUGAUGCUGCGUUCAAAGCUGCCUUCCCGUUGGCUUCAUCCACUGGUGCAGCUGAUGCUAUGCUCGAUUCUGUUGCUGCACAUGUGCUUUCCGAACCCACUGCAGCUGGUGCUGGCAAUAACCAGCCAAGCGCUGCUGCCGAUCUGCAGUCCGGCGGCCCUUACAUCGAUAGCGACAUUGCCAUGUCAGAUCAUCGUGCAGCAUACCCUCAAAAGAUCUCUGGCAUCGACAGUCUGCAUGCUGCAAUGAAUGGUAAAGCUAUUAUCCCGACAAAGGUCCAAGACAGCAACGUAAAGAAGAGACAACGACUAUCUAGAUCCCCGUCCACCUCUCCAACCAAGAGAAACAUGACCAAGGAGGCCAGGAUCACUGCAGCUUAUGAUCAUACCAAUGCUUCAGAGUCAUCUCAACCCAAGAAGAAGCAAAGAAUUUCUGCAGUACCUAAAAUACUUUCCGGACCCCUUGCGCAGAAGGAGAAGAAGGCACCCGCUAAGCCCAAGGCACGCACUGAUGUCAAGACAAGGCGCAUGUUGUCAACCUCGCAUGAACCCGAGCAUGCGCCGCCGAAGAUCGAAUUAAAAACUAGCACUAAUUGCAGAAUUAUGGACAGAGCGAAAUUUAUUCCGCAACCCUCCCGGUUAUGUUCAAAUGAGUAUUCAUAUGAACCAGACCAUACAAGUGGUGAUAGAAAAGAAAAGGAGCCCAGAGGCAGGGCUACCACCAAGAGCAGAGAUAUGAACAAUGCGGAAUUCAUUUCGUCCCGGUCUCAAUCUCCUCUGCACCAGAGUUCGACUGAAUCAAAGCAUAUCGAUGUCAAACAGAAGCGAAAGAGCCCGAAAGGAAGAUCUACUGCUAGCGAGCACAUAAGUAUGGGCAGUGCAGCAUCUGUUCCCUCACCAUCUCCUGAGCGUGAGCGUGAGCGUGCAAGCUCAUCUGAAUCAAAGUGUGCAAAUGGUAAAGGAAAGGGAAAGAAUCUGAAAGGAAGAACUACAAACAAGAACAAGAGCCUGAAUGUCGCUGAGUCUUUUCCCUCACGUGCCUCAUCGCUUUCGCCUGAGCCAGAGCACACAGACGGUAAACGCAAGGGGAAGAAGACUGACAAAAUUUUACAUACAAAUUCCUUGUCAGACAGCUCCGUCAACUCUCCCUCGCCCUUGCCUGAGCGCCAACAUAAGCACCUGCAAGGUAUAAACCCCAAGCCGAAGAAAGCAAAGGCAAACGCAGCGACAAGACGUCGAUCAACCCAAGAUGACGAUGAUGAAGAUGAACAUCACAAACCUUCCAUGUCCCACUUCCAGGGACGUUCUGCCAUUCGGAUUGAUAAUCGUUACAAAUCACCGUUUCACAUUUCCCCAAUGGACACCUUCAAGGUCAAUCUGAAACGGCAAAUAGAAUUGAUGAAGAUCUGCACGUCCCUCGAGAAGAAGUACUAUGAAGUGGACGACGACGAGAUGCUUCCCAGUGAGGAGUUCUGGACGGAGGUAAUGGACAAAUACAACAUCGAAAAUGAUCAAAAGGGCUUUUCGGACUGGCGCUUCCUAAGGGAUUGGGUCAACGAGAAGUGCGAACACCGAUAUAAGAUGAUCAAAGAACGAGAUCUCCCUCCCCCGACCGGAAAGAAAGAACCCUUGGCUGUGUAUACCGACAAAUGGUGCCGCGUCAUGAUCAAACACAAAUAUCAUCGCGCAAAGGAAUGCGUCAGGGCUGGGUUGUUUGCCAUUGUCCAGAACCAGCUCCGUGCGUCACUACGAACCUUUGCGGCCAACGCCGCGGUUGGCAGUUGCAGAGAUCGCGAAAGUAUGAUUGACAAAUUUGUUGCGGACUUGGAGAAAGCUGUUCAAAUCAGCAUUGGUAACAGCACCAGCAACGACACAGGUACUGGCAACAGCACCGGCAGUUAUGCCUCGAGGCUGAACUAA